AUGUCCAAAUCACCAGUAUCCCUGGCCCUACGGGCUUGGUACAAGUGGAAAACCCUCCGCCUACCGUGGCGGCGCCAAUUCCUCGUCGGCCUCGACCUAAACGGCAACACCUACUGGGAAUUCCUCGACCGCGGCGUCCCGCUCCCCCCGCGCGCCCACCACCCGGACCCAACCAACCUCCCCCCAAACCCAACCCCCAACACCACCAACUCCCAAACCAACAACCCCCAAAUCCGCUGGCGACGCAUAGUCCGCUACCCCUCAGGCACGCACCAAGACUCGGUCGCCCCGCCCCCCGCCUGGCACCAGUGGCUGCGGCACACGCGGGCGGACCCCCCCUCGCUGGCCGAGCAGCGGGCCGAGGUGGCGCGGCGGGCGCGCAUGCGCGUGCUGGCGGCCGAGGCGGACGCGCGGUGGGAGGCGAAGCCGCGGGUGGCCGGGGGGGAUGGGCGGCAGCAGCAGCAGCAGCAGCAUGAGGGGGAGGUGUUGGGGGUGAGGGCGCCGCUGGUGGAUACGGAGAGGAGGGUGGGGCCGGGGAGUAAAGUCGUUGCGGAGGAGGCGGGGGGUGGGGGUGGGAAGUUGGCGGGGAGGGGGGAGACGUGGAAGGAGAUGAGGCGGGAGGCUGAGGGUGAGGGGGGGAAGAGGACAACGGAGGUGAAUGGGUCGGAUCCGUGGAAGCAGGCGAGGGGAGGGCCGAGCGAGACGUGGCAGCCUCAGGGUUGGGAGCCGGCUGCGAAGGGGAAGAAAUGA